GUGGAAGUCCACCGGAAGUGUGGCGCCUCUCGACCAAUGAGCCGCCGACCUAGUGUGACGCAGCACCGGAAGAAAACGAAAAGAGCCCCCACAGCACCAGCAGUUUACCGGCGUCCGUAUCGAAGCAGCCAGAAGCACCGACGCGGAGACCAGUUCACUUACCGGGGAGAUGCUGUCGUUAAGCGGGCUGUCGGUGGCGCUCGCGCUCGCUCUGUUUCCGGGUUCCGGUGAAGCCUUGAGAGAAGGCGACUGUGAAGUGUGUGUGACGUUCCUCGGGAAGCUGUACCGGUCGCUGGAGGACGACCAGGUGAACUUCAACAGCGUUGACAUCGAGAAGGCCGUCGUCAAGAGCUGCAGAGACGCCAAAGGCAAAGAGAACCGCUUUUGUUACUACAUCGGGGCGACCAGCGACGCCGCCACCAAGAUGAUCAACGAGGUGUCGAAGCCGCUCAGCCACCACGUGCCCGUGGAGAAGAUCUGUGAGAAGCUGAAGAAGAAGGACGGCCAGAUCUGUGACCUGAAAUACGACAAGCAGCUGGACCUGACCACGGUGGACCUGAAGAAGCUGAAGGUCAAGGACCUGAAGAAGAUCCUGGAAGUCUGGGACGAGUCCUGCAAAGGCUGCGCCGAGAAGAACGACUUCAUCCGCAAGAUCACGGAGCUCAUGCCCAAGUACGCCCCGGCAGCCGCCAGGGCACGGACAGACCUGUGAGGAGGAGGAGGAGGAGGAGGAGGAGGAGGAGGAGGAGGAGGAGGAGGAGGAGGAGGAGGAGGAGGAGGAGGAGAUCGAAUGUCAAGAAAGAACUCAUUAAACGGGAAAUACCAGCUUUGUUUUUUAUUUUUUACCGAUGUCGUCGAUACGGUUCGCUGCCUGAUUCUCCAACAAAGUCAGUACGCAACAAAUAUUAUUUUUACGGUAUUGGAAGUCCAGUUCUCCAGGCCACGCCCCCACGAGAACUCCACGCCAAGACGCUUUAUUGUGAAAGUCUGCGCUUUUGUUCUGUUUAAAUCUCUUCCUGACUGUAUAUAUAUAUAUAUAUAUAU